GACGGAUGACCGGAGUGUUCGUCAGGAGCAGUACUUAUAUACGGAUUAGCGACGAGUGGAAGAAGGUAUCGGAGCGUAAGAAGAAAGAUAUUUGGGAUGCAUUGAUGAAGCACUUCUAUAUCCCACCUGACUGCGAUAUCGCGGCCAUUAAACGGGACGCUUUCCUUGAUAUGCGAAACAAGCAUACGACUUGGAGGUAUGAGUUGAAGAAGAGUCUUCACAUCACAUCGGACGAUACUCCGGCGACAGUGAAGGCUAGGGAAGGAGGACAAUUAUCCACGUACAAUAGAGAGGACGUGGAUAUAUUAUUGGAGAUAUGGUGUACGGCAGAGAAUCAAGAAUAUGCUGCAUAUAUGAAGGGAAUCCGGUCGAAGAACAAGGAGCCUCACUGCACCGGAUCAAAGAGCUAUGCCAGGGCUACACAUGAAGAAAAAAUAAAUACCGGGGUUACGCCAACACGAGCGCAGUCUUACAUCAAAACACACGAGAAGAAGACUGGCGGAUAUCCAAAUGACUUGGUUGCCGAAAAAUGUGAGAGGAUGAAGGAGUUGCUUCCCACUGACUCGGCUGCUACACAAUCUGUCACCGAGGGCACAGUACGGUGGGCGCCCGACGAUGCGUACGCACAGGGGAUGGGCAAUAAGCCGGAGUACGCAGGUCGGGUUCGCCAGGUUGGAGCAGGUAUACUACCUGUGCGCGGUAGCAUACACUCCUACUAUAGACCAGUCGCGCCACGCUCACAACCUCCCGGGAGCUCUGGUGUCCCAGAACUGAUAGAAACUGCACUACAAGUUGAGCGGGAGAAGCACAAGCAGGAGAUGGAUGCGCUUCAGCAGACACAGCGAGAGCAGGCAACGGAGCAACAAGCUGAACGGGAGAGGCACAGGGCGGAGAUAGCAGCGCUGUUAGAUGCACAGCGAGUGGAGGUUGAGCAGCAGGUUGCUGUGCGGCUAGCUGAGACCCGGGCUAGUAUGACCACUAUGUACGAGGCACGUUUUCGUCAACUAGAGCACAUGUUUAAGUCGAGUUCCUCAUCUGAUACGACUCGAGUUAAAGAUGUAACAGAAAAAGAAUCUCCAGCCCGUUUGGUGGUGAAAUCGUUAGUGGGGAGUGAACCAGGUAUUGCGGAGAAGUUGUCGAAUGAGGAAGCUAUCGACCUAGAUUGAGCCUUGUAUGUGAGUUCGUAGUUGGUA